UGCAGCUCUAGAGUACAGUCGCAAUUUGUAGUACAAUUUGUAAAAGGAAAAAAUAAAAAGUUCGAUUCGAGUGGAAAUUAUUGCUGGAUUCGCAGAAGUAAUCCUUUCCAGAGCUUUGGGCGAGUAGUAUCCAUCUGAACCCACGACCGCGGACCAAUGUCGUGGCGGGAAUAGCGCGAAACGCACCCAAAACAACAUGAUAAACCCAAUUGCAACCGAGUCGGAGGCCAUCAAUUCAGCCACCUAUGUGGACAACUACAUUGAUUCCGUGGAGAACCUGCCGGAUGACGUUCAGCGGCAGCUGUCCCGCAUCCGCGACAUCGAUGUCCAGUACAGAGGCCUCAUCCGCGACGUGGACCACUACUACGACCUGUAUCUGUCCCUGCAGAAUUCUCCCGACGCCAGCCGCAGAUCACGGAGCAUCUCACGGAUGCACCAGAGCCUCAUCCAGGCGCAGGAGCUGGGCGAUGAGAAGAUGCAGAUUGUAAACCACAUGCAGGAGAUUAUUGACGGCAAGCUGCGCCAGCUGGACACGGACCAGCAAAACCUGGACCUGAAGGAGGAGCGGGAUCGGUAUGCGACGCUCCUCGAAGAUGGCCAACCCUCGAAGCUGCAGCGGCUGCAGAGUCCGAUGAGGGAGCAGGCUAAUCAGGCGGGAGUUGGCACCGGAAACGGCGGUCUGAACGGUAAUGGCCUGCUCUCUGACAAGGGUCCAUACGCCUUGGGCGGCUAUGCCGGUUUGGUAUCGGGAUCCGGCGGCUUAGCCUCCGGUAACGGUGGCAGCUCUACCCCCAAUUCUGAGCGCUCCGAGCGUCAUGUCAGUAACGGCGGCAACAGCGGCUCCAACGGCAACAUCAGCGGAGGUGUUGGCGGCGGCGGAGAUCUGCAGCGCACUGGCAGCAAACGCUCGAGGAGGCGGAACGAGAGCCUGGCCAACAACGGUAACUCCCUGGAGAUGGGCGGCAAUGAAUCGAACUCUGCGAACGAAGCCGGCGGCAGUGGCAGCGGUGGAGGAGGAGGUGGCAGCGGCAACGGUGAGCGCAAAUCCUCGCUGGGCGGCGGUAGUGUAUCGGGACAAGGACGAAAGGCUAAUCUUCAGGUGGCGGUCGGUAGCCUGGCCAGCGGAUCGGCUGGUACGAGCAGCGGUGUAGCAGGCGGUGGCGCCAGCGGCAGUGCUGGUGGAGGCGGUGCCGGGGGCAACAAUUCCGGAAAGAAGAAGAAACGGAAGGUGCGUGGCGCGGGUGCUUCGAACGCUAACACCAGCGCACGCGAGGAGACGCCGCCGCCCGAGACCAUUGAUCCAGACGAACCAACAUAUUGCGUCUGCAAUCAGAUCUCCUUUGGUGAGAUGAUUCUGUGCGACAACGACCUGUGCCCCAUCGAGUGGUUCCACUUCUCGUGCGUCUCCCUGGUGCUGAAGCCCAAGGGCAAGUGGUUCUGUCCCAAUUGUCGCGGUGAGCGGCCCAAUGUGAUGAAGCCCAAGGCGCAGUUUCUCAAGGAACUGGAGCGCUACAACAAGGAAAAGGAGGAGAAGACCUAGAUCCACCCGCCCCUCCCGUUGCAGCUCUGUGUCCUAGACCAGGCUUUGUAAAUUAUUCGAUCCUAAGAUUUACCUUAAUGUACAUUUAGUGUCCCCAUCCCUAUAUUCGCCCAGUUUAGAUCCUUUGCUUCAAUGGUUAACGGUCGACAUUUCUCAUUUCAAGUUUCUGUACAAAAUAAAUACCUUUCUCUAUGUA